UCUCUCUCAACCAUCAUUGGCGAAAGUUAAGAAUCUAUCUGAGCUCUCUACACACCACUCUCCUCUCCCCUCUGUUUAAGACCUUUUGGUUUUCUUCUCCAAUGUUGUUUUCAGCAAAUCAUCAGAGAAACAAUAGAGUCUCUGCUACGAGCAAGAACAAGACUCUCAACAAAGUUUCUUCCAUUUCAUCCUCAUCAUCUCCUUCACACCCACAAGACUCUCAAUCCCAAAAGAAAUCUCUAGUCACCAUGGAAGAUGUUUGGAAAGAUAUCAACCUUGGUUCCAUCCACAGCCAACAUCCACGAGGCAACCAUGAGCCAAGGUUCGGGAGCCACAACCACCAUAACCAAAACUCUAACUCUAUCUUCCAAGAUUUUCUCAACAGGCCUUUGAACCAGGAACCAACAAUACCCACCAGCCUCACCAUAAGUUCUUCCUCUAAUGGAGAUACCACCACUGUCACUGCUCUCUUGAGCAGCUCUCCUUUGGAACCUCCUGCAACUGUUCUGAGCUUGAAUUCUGGAGCCGGCUUUGAGUUUCUUGAUAACCAAGAUCCUCUUGUUACCCCUAACUAUAAUCUGCAUAGCCACAAUCACCUCACAAACAUUCCUUCAUUCAACACGUCUUUUGAGGCUCUGGAUACACCGACUUGUUUUGGAAAGAAAAGAGGCCAAGAGUCUAAUGAAGAAGGUUCAGGGAACCGAAGAAAUAAGCGUAUGAUCAAGAACAGAGAAUCUGCUGCUCGUUCAAGAGCUAGGAAACAGGCUUAUACAAACGAGUUAGAGCUUAAAGUUGCUCACCUAAAGGCAGAAAAUGCAAGACUCAUGAGACAACAAGAUCAGGUGAAAAUAGAGGCAGAAAAUCAGCAACCCAAAAAGAACACACUCCAACGGGCUUCCACAGCACCAUUUUGAGAAUUCUACAAGCCCUUAUUUCUCAUUUGGGGAUUGAGAGAAAAAUGGAAAAGUUUGUACCUAUUUUAUUAGCUAUAAGUAUAACUAAGCUAAAUUUGUAGAACCUCAAAAGAUCUUGCAUGGUAAAAAAAGAAAAACCUAUGAAGAGAAAAGGAUCUUUCCAUUUCCUGAGGCACAGGAACACCUGUGGUGGGUCUGGUCUCUCUUCUCUUGUUCUUGUCAUUUU